CACACCAAACGCUAAAAACUUAGGGAGAGGCACUCACUCUGACCGAUUUCUGCAAGCUCAUACUUGGUGCUUUGGGUGUUUCUGGUUGCUGUGAGGAGUGGGUGGUCUGUCUAACAGAGAGGAUCUCUGGCUGCAGCAGUAGAGGAAACUUGGAGCUGCAGAGUGAAGUUUGUCAGAAACAGGAGGAUCUUCAUCACUUCAUCACUCUGUUUCUCUCUGGCUUCUGAUCAAACCAGUUGAUUUCUGUGGGCUAUUGAUUCUGGGAUCAUGAAGGACCAAAACUAUAAGGACGAGGUGACGAAGAUUCUGGAGGAAGCUCCAAGCGCCAGGAAAGCUCUGCAGGAAAACUAUCAAAACCUGCUCAAUGUGGCCGAUUACUGCUACAACACCUACACCCAGUCAGGUGAAAACAGCAAGAAGGCAUUGGAGGAAACUAAAAACUUUACCACCCAAUCAUUAGCCAGUGUUGCGUAUCAGAUCAGCACUCUGGCUAACAACGUCCUGAGUCUGCUGGAUGCUCAGACCAAUCAGCUUCGCCAGAUGGAGUCCUCCAUAAAUUUGAUUGGUCAGACCAUAGAAAUGCAUAAAGAGAAAGUUGCACGGCGGGAAAUAGGUGCCUUCACGGCAGUCAGACGAGUUCCUCGCAACCAUAAGAUCAUCCCUCCAACUGGCACGCAGCCCCGCCCAUCGUACAGCCGCCGACCAAUCAACUACCAGCAGCUGGACGAGAUCGGCCAUGGCAUUAAGGUCUCUGGGAAACAGCCGGAGAAAACGGGAACGAUCCGGAAACACGGAGCCUCCGUCAGGUCCAACAAAGCUCCUGAGCCAGUUCAGUGCCCAGUGGCUCCCCCUGCUGGAGGGUCCAGCUUUGGGAAACCUGUAGCUCCGCCCACCAUUCCCCCCAUUGGCCAAGCUCCACCUGACUGUAACAUCCUCACCAGUUUGCUGGAUGAAGCUCCACUUCCUCCUCCUCUCCCUGACGAGGAGUUGCUUCAGAGUGGGGACGUAAUCUCCGGUCUGCCCCCUCCUCCUCCGCCUCCUGAUUCCUCAGGACUGAUGGUGGCUCCAACAGCACCUCCUCCUCCGCCUCCUCCUUCUGGCUCCUCAGGGGUUGUGAUCAAUCAAAGCGCUCCACCUCCUCCUCCACCUCCUCCUCCUUCUUCUUCUUCUGGGGUUGUGAUCAAUCACAGCGCUCCUGCUCCUCCUCCAAUUGCACCGCUCACCCUAGAAACAGUGGUGGAGGAGAACAGCCUGCCGCCUCCUUCUCCUCCCCCUCCCUCUGAUAAUAAUGGCUUCCCAUCAUUACCCAAUGAUGGCUCAGAUUUUCUGGCCCCGCCUCCACCACCUCCACCUCCUCAGGAAGGAGACGUGACCCUCACAUCUCGGAGGAGUCGCCGCCGGCGCUCACCUCCGACCACUCGCUCUGUCUCUCUGAGGGUCCGCUCGGGCCCCGCCUCUCGCUGCCGCUACACUCGCUCUCUCUUCUUGCCUGCAGUCCAGUCAUUCAGGAUUCCCCCUCCUCCUCCCUACCCUCCCCCUCAUGCCCCUCCGGAGCCCAUCGCCUCUUCAUCCUCCUCUCCCUCUUCCCCCUUCCCCCUGCUCUCUCGCUCUUCCUCCGCCUCCCCUCGGCUCUGCUUACCUGCUCGUCUUGAACACCUGGAUCUUCAGAUCUUAGCCCCGCCCCCUCCUCUUUCAUUGGAUGAUAUUGGAGAAUUUGAUGACAUCAUGCCGCCCCUUCCUCCUCCAGUGGACUAUGACAUCAAUGCUCCCCCAGACUACAUGGAGAAAGUGGUGGCGCUGUAUACUUACGAGGCCUCCAAGCCUGACGACCUCUCUCUAACUGAGGGGGACAUCAUUUACGUGAUGCGUCGCCAUGACGACGGCUGGUGUGAGGGCGUCUGUAAUGGCCGGGAGGGCUUCUUCCCUGAAAACUACGUCCAGGCAUGUGACUAGAUGAAGCCAUGCCCCUUUUCUGUUGCUACGGAGAUACUUAUUUUUCUGUUUUACUCAUCAAAGCAAGUUAUACAGAAACAUUAUUAUUCCAUCUAUAAGUAGGUAAUUAAUAUUUGUCUGAGUGUAAAUAACAGAAAUAAAAGUUUAUUACCUGAAAAGCUC